UCGUUGGACAUAAAGCAUACCGAGUCUUGGAUCUUACGGAAAACGUACUGAAAUUUGUCGAAGCGUCUCAUACAAUCGCCAUGGAGGACAUUCUCUACCUGGGAGACAAGUACUUUUACACUCCUUAUAUCUACCCAGAAUGGUGGCCAGAAGACGACUGGAAACGACAACUGAUAGGAAUCCUCAUCUUCAACUGGAUUAGCCAAUAUAUUUUGUAUUUCGUUCUUGGUUUGAUCGACUACUUUUUUGUCUUUGAUCAUCGACUGACGAAACACCCCUUAUACAUAAAGGAUCAGAUGAAGCUGGAGAUCAAAUAUUCUCUGAAAAAUAUGGUUUUCCAGACGGCCCUCUUUGCGCCUAUAUUUCUGAUUGAAGUAAGAGGUUACAGUCGCCUGCAUCAAGAAUUCAACAGGGGAAUAUUCGGACCCCUGAAUCCAUUGGUGGAGAUUAUUGGCUUUCUCUGCUUCACCGACUUUACCAAUUACUGGUUCCAUCGAUUCCUUCACCAUCGUCUGAUCUACAAGCGAUUUCACAAACAGCAUCACAUGUGGAAGGUUCCCACUCCAUUCUCUGGCUACGCUCUCCACCCUGUGGACGGAUUCUUGCAGGGAGUCUCCUGGCACAUCUUCCCAUUUCUCUUCCCUUUUAACAGCCGUCUCUUCAUAUGUUUCUUCCUGUUUGUGCUGAUCUGGACCGUCAGUAUCCAUGACAAUCUCUGCGUCCUGCCCAAGGUUCUCCAGCCCAUCAUCAACGGAGCGGCACAUCACACUGACCAUCACAUGUACUAUAAUUACAACUAUGGUCAGUUCACCACCCUGUGGGAUCGGGUCUUUGGAUCGCAUCGGGUGCCUGGUACCCACCGCGGUAAGGGACCAUUGGAUGAUGUCCUUGCCCUAGGAGUAAAAUCCGAAAAUAUGAACAACGGCAACAGCAAUGGAAACGCCAAGACUCUGAAGGAAGAAUAAGGCUAAAUCAUGUUAGUUAUGUAAGUUACCAGUAUGUCUGACAGUAAGAUCAAAAAUAUAUUUAAUUGUAUUAUGACUACGAUAGGGAAUGUAAUACAGACGUAAAAAUAAGUUCUUUGGUUUGUCUUGGUGAUAGUGGUCUCUAAUUUAAAUGAUAUUGUUUCAGUUGAGUUCCAAAGUCAUAUGGUAAAUACCAUCAGACAGGAGACACUGCAGAAUUUAUCAGUAAUUGAAAUUAUAACAUAUCGUGGUCGAAGUAAGUUAAGUAAUAUUUUUUUAAUUGUAUAUUAUUAUCCUUAAAGAUUUAUGUUUAAAUUUGUUCAGAAGAUGAUCGAUAUGAAAAAUGCGACAAUUGUUGGAUUCUUGGCAUCAGUCAUAUGGAUGAUUUAUAUAUAUUUUGCAUGUAAUACUAUUUAAAAUUUAGUCAAGGCUUUACUGAAGCAAUCUUGUCCUAGUGGUUCUUUCCUCACCUUCAACCUCUGCGGUCCAGGUUCCUUUCCUGGCUCGGUCUGUGUAAUUUGGCUUGCAAUCCCUUGUCGAUUCUCUCGGUCGGUUUUCCCCGAAUAUUUUAAGGGGUUCCUGUACUCUUAAAAUGUCUUUCCACUACCUUUUCUUUACAAGUUACUGUCGGCUUUGGCUCUCCCAUGCCUAGGAAACAAAGCUCUCGAGAAAUGCUUAUAUAGUUUUAUUAUCAGAUAUGAAUAAUACACGAUAUAAUAAUAGUAAAGAAGAUAAUAAUGCAAAACCCUUCCCCGUCGGGAGUUUUUUUUUGUAUUUUUUUUUAUUUGUAUUUUCUUUAUAGAAAUUUAUUUUGUACUUUUUGUUCUUUCAGGUAAAGAAAAACAGUAAAUGUUAAAGCAAGUAUCUUUGAAGACUUCAUUUAUUUCAUGUCUACCAGACACUGUUAAAAGUUAUUUGGAUUUUUUAGUCCACUUUGAGAUAACUCUAAAAUCGUGGUACGUACCGGACGGAAUGACAGCAUCAAAUUUUAUGAAGGCAAACUGUACUAUAGAUGGAUUUCUUAGGAUUUAAAACUUCAAAUUUGAAUUGCUUGUAAUUUGAUUUCCAAAGAUUCAUUAUGAUAUCAGAGUAACAUGCACUGCUCGGUAUUAUGUUCAGUAUUCCAAGUUGUACAAUAAACAGCGUAUCUGAGAAAAACA